AUGGCAACAGGAGGAGGAGAAGAUGCAACAGCACAGCGUAUAUUACGGAUUACAGACAUUGACCUGAAGCCACUGGAAUAUCUUGCACCUAUUAGUGGCUAUGCUGAAGAACCCCUUGUUUCAUUGGAGCAAGCAGUCGAACCACUUGUUCCGAUCCUGCCAGAAGUUCAGAGCCACGCAUAUGUCGCCAAAAAAAGAUGUGAGAAACCUGCUGAUGGGCUGACCCCAGAUGAAUCGGCCUCAAUUAUGCUAUACACGAUGGGAUGGAUGCCGCUCGAGAAAUGCCUCUACAGCGUUUUAAAUAAUACAUUACGAGCAACAGAUCGACAACAAAAACUGAUACCUUGGUAUCUUUAUUUGAGACUUUUUCUAAAUGCACUCUUUCGUUUGCCACUGCUUUCAACACAUGUUUACAGAGGUGUUAAGUUAGAUUUGAGCAAACGCUAUAUCAAAGGUAAAACAAUCGUCUGGUGA